GCCCGCCCAGCGGAGAGAGCAGCGGGCUUCCGCCCAGGAGACGGCCCGCGCCUCACAGGCAGGCUUUGCUGACGUCUCUCACCCCUCCCCGGUCUGGCCCCCGGCUACGCAGUGCGCACGCGCGGUCCGCGUAAGCCGCUGAGCGUUCCGGCUCCGCAGGGCCUCGGCUGGAGCAGGAGGCAGAGCCCCAUCCGCCCUUCGAUCGAUGAAUCUGGGAGCGGCUACUCUUCUCUGGGGAGAGGGCGGAAGUUCUAGUCUCUCAGCCCAGACUGAUCGCUCGCGGAGCAGCUCGCCGGUCAGGAGCUCGCGCCGGAGUUGGGGGAAGGAAGAUGUUUCGCAACCAGUAUGACAAUGAUGUCACUGUCUGGAGCCCUCAGGGCCGAAUUCAUCAAAUAGAAUAUGCUAUGGAAGCUGUCAAGCAAGGCUCAGCUACGGUGGGGCUGAAGUCAAAAACCCAUGCUGUUCUGGUUGCUCUAAAGAGAGCACAGUCUGAAUUGGCAGCUCAUCAGAAAAAAAUCCUGUAUGUUGACAACCAUAUUGGCAUCUCAAUUGCUGGGCUUACUGCUGAUGCAAGACUGUUGUGUAAUUUCAUGCGUCAGGAGUGUCUGGAUUCUAGAUUUGUGUUUGACAGACCUCUCCCAGUGUCCCGUCUAGUGUCUCUAAUUGGAAGCAAAACCCAGAUACCAACACAGCGAUAUGGCAGAAGACCAUAUGGUGUAGGACUGCUCAUUGCAGGUUAUGAUGAUAUGGGUCCUCACAUCUUCCAAACUUGUCCUUCUGCAAACUAUUUUGACUGCAGAGCUAUGUCCAUUGGUGCUCGUUCACAGUCCGCCCGAACUUAUUUGGAGAGACACAUGGAUGAGUUUGUUGACUGUAACCUGAAUGAGCUAGUUAAACAUGGUCUGCGGGCUCUCAGAGAGACCCUUCCUGCAGAACAGGAUCUGACUACCAAGAAUGUUUCCAUUGGAAUUGUUGGCAAAGAAAUGGAGUUUACUAUCUAUGAUGAUGAUGAUGUGGCGCCAUUCCUGGAGGGACUUGAAGAAAGACCACAGAGGAAGCUUGCUCCACCUGCUGAGGAACCUGCAGAAAAGGCAGAAGAACCAAUGGAACACUAAUAUUUGUGGAUAAGCUCAUGUGUUAACCUAUAUAUAACAAUAUAGGAAUGUUCCUCCAGUAAUCUUUACCCUGAACCAAAUGCAUAUUAUAGUAAUUAGGGGAAUUAGUCUUAGAGUAUUUUCAAAUAUCCCUAAACUGGCAUCAAAGUUGUCAUACCUUUCCUUUCAGAGAAAAGGUAUAAUCUUUUUUUUUUUUUUUUUAAGUACCAAAAUACAAUCUGUUUUGUAUGAAGAGCAUAUUGUCUUGCAAGGACAUCUGGAAUAAAUUUUUCUUUCUUGAAACUUGCUGUAUUGAUUUGUUUUAAAUCUGUUACACAGAAGAAUAAUUGGUCAAAUUCCUUGCAUUAUCUUUUCAUAUAUAUUUUCAAGGCACACACCAGAGUGGUGUCUAGGUACCAAUAGAUAUUUGACCAUGUGUUAUAUUAGCUACUAAAAUAGUAGCUGAUCAGUGGGCUUCAUUACUUUUUUAAAAUGAAUUUAGUGCUUUUGAAAGGUGCUGAAUUGACAAAUGGAAAAUUAAGGUCUGUUUAUCUUCAGAACAGAUCCAGAAGCAUAAGCUUCUCUGCAUCUUAUCAAUGUCUCAUCCUUUACCUGGAAGUCUAGUAAUGAGGGUUGUUCACUUCUCUGUGCUGUCAGUUCUUGGCAUUUCUGGUGAGGCCUCCGUUCGAUGAUCUCAGCUUUUAUUGAUGGUGGUUUAAUGAUGCUGGAUCCCUGCUCAUUUAGAAAUGAACUGAGUCAAUAAAUUCAUUUCACAAGAGCCACUAAAAAUCAUCAGGUCGGUAGGGACUUUCAGAGCACUAACUGGGCUAAAAUGAACUGAUGAAGGAAACUUAUGUAAUUCUCCUAUUCCUGAAACAGGCCAUUUCUUCUACCAAAUAAAUGGUGAGUUGUGGAAUUGGGACAAGAGACGUUACCAGCCCCAAAGCCAUCCUGACUGUGUUGUGACUUAUUAACCAUGUGCAUUUUAUGGAUCUCAGUCUGCAGCACAUGACACAAUCCGUGUUUGGGUUUAAGUUGAAUGCUAUAAAAUCUAAAUUACCUUUAAUAACAAGACUUUCCAUGCCACAGUUGUACAGAUCAGCUUAUCUAGUUUCUCACUGAGAUUCCAUAGCUAUAGAUUCUGAUAUGCCAACUGAAGUUAGUGAGUUUCAAAUACAUUUUUCACUUAGCACAAUGGUGCUCUAUAAAUGUGAUAAGCAAAUGAACUCAGCAUUAUUUUCGUUUCCACCGUGUUUCACACUCGUAUCCUUUGUAUUAGCGUUUAGUGUUGUAAGAAAGGUAUUUGUAAGAUAUAAAUGGGUGGGGGCAUGGAUUCAUUGUGUCUUAAAUGUCAGGUUAAAAAUAUGUUCUUUAACAAAUUUUGUUGUGUAAGUUACUAAUCUCACAUUGGUUAUUUGCACUAACGCACAAUGCUGUCAUGUUGGGUUGCAAACACUAUAUGAGAGUGUUUAAAUACUUAAGAAAACAUUUUUUUCUUUUUUUUUCAAACAUUAUUUCAAAAAUGUUAGUGGGAUUUGUAUUUUCAUAAAAUCUCAGAAAUGUAGGGCUGGAAGGGACCUCGAAGUCAUCAAGUACAGUCCCCUGCACUGAGGCAAGAUCAAGUAAACCUAGACCAUUCCUGACUGGUAUUUGUCCAACCCGUUCUUAAAAACCUCCAGUGAUGGGGAUUCCACAAUCUCCCCUUGGAAGCCUAUUCCAGAGUUUACCUCCCUUUAUAGUUAAAAAGGUUUUUUUCCCCUAAUAUCUAACCUAAAUCUCCCUUGCUGCUGAUAAAGCCCAUUUACUUCUUGUCCUGCCUUCAGUGGAUAUGGGGAACAACUGAUCAGUCAUUCUGAAAACAUCCCUUAACAUACUGAAGACUUAUCAGGUCCCUCCCUCAUUCCCCCCCCCCCCCCAAAAAAAAAAAAAACCAACAAAACCAAAACCUAAACGUGCCCAGUUUUUUCACCUUUCCUCAUAGAUUAGGUUUCUAAACAUUUUAUCAUUUUUGUUGCUCUCCUCUGGACUCUUCACAGUUUAUCCAUCUCUUUCCUUUACUGGACUGGAUGCACUACUCCAGUUGAGGCUUCACCAGUGCCAAGUAAAGUGGGACAAUUACAUUCCGUGUUCUACAUACAGCACUCCUUUUAAUGAAAACCAGAACAAUAUUAGCCUGUUUGGCAACUGCAGCACACUGUUGACUCUCAUUCUAACCUAGCCAGUUAUUCCCCAUUUUGUAGUUGUGCAUCUGAUUUUUUUUUUCAGUUAGGAAGUGAAGUACUUUGCACUUACCUUUAUUGAAUUUCAUCUUGUUGAAUUCAGACCAAUUCUCCCAUUUGUUGAGGUAGUUUUCUUCUAAUCUUGUUCUUCAAAAUAUUUGCAACCCCUCCCAGCUUGGUGUUAUCUGCAUAUUUCAUGAGCAUGCUUUCUACUCCAUUAUCCAAGUCAUUAAUGAAAAUAUUGACUAGUACCGGACUCAGGACUGACCCUUGAGGGAUCCCACUACAUACGCCCUCUGAGUUUGACAGCAAACUAUUGAUAACUUACUCUUUGAAUAAGGUUUUUCAACCAGUUGGGCACCCGCCUUAUAGAAAAUUCAUCUAGACUGCAUCUCCCUAGUUCGCUUAUAAGAAUGUCAUGUGGGACUGCAUCAAAAGCCUUACUUAAAUCAAGGUACAUCAUGUUUACUGCUUCCCCCAUAUCCACUAUGCCAGUAGUCCUGUUAGAGAAGGAAAUUAGGUUGUUUGGUAUGAUUUGUUCUUGACAAAUCUCUGCUGGCUAUUCCUAUUUUCCUAAUAAUUCUGUUUUCUUCUAGGUGCUUAUAACUUGAUUAUUUAAUCAUUUGUUCCAGAAUCCUUCCAGGUAUCUAAGUUAAGUUGACUGGUAUAUAAUUCCCUGGGUUCUUUUUGUUUUCCUUUUUAAAGACAGGUACAUGUUUGCCCUUCUCUAGCCUUCUGAGACCUCGCCCAUCUUCCAUGAGUUCUCAAAAAUAGUGCUAAGAGUUCCAAGAUUACUUCAGCUAAUUCCCUAAGUAGGUGAGGAUGAAUUUCAUCUGGCUCUGCUGACUUGAGUGUAUCCCAUGUAUCUAAAUAUUUUUUCCCUAUUUGGCUUGCACUCCUUCCCUUUUGUUGCUAAUAUUGUGUUGAGUAUCUGGUCACCAUUUCAUUUUUUAGUGAAAUCUAAAGCAAAAUAGGCAUUAAACACUUCAGCCUUCUUGGUGUCAGCAGUUAUUAGCAUUGCUUCCCUGCUAAGUAGAAGACCUGCACUUUCCUUUGUCUUCCUCUUUCUCUUAAUUUAUUUGAAGAUCUUCUUAUGAUCUUUUAUGUCCCUUGGCAAUUGUAAUUCAUUUUAUGCCUUAGCCUUUCUGAUUUUUUUUCCCCUGUGUGCCUGUGCUAUUCUUUUGUACACCUUAUUAAUUCAUCCAUGUUUCCACUUUGAGGCUUCCUUUUUUGAUUCUCAGCUCAUUAAAGAGCUCCUGAUGGAGCUAUAUUGACCUCCUACUAUUCUUAUUGUUAGCUUUUGUGUCUUUCUCUUUAAGAAACUGCCAGCUCUUACUCCCUUGAUUUUCUUCCCAUGGGACUUAAUCUCAGAACUGGUAGGUAAGCCUGCUUUUUGAAAUCCAUUGUCCUUAUUCUCCUACUUUCACCCAUUCCUUUCCAUCAAAUCAUGAAAUCUAUAUCAUAAUCACUUUCAUCAGUUGCUUUCCACUUUCAGAUUUGCAACCAAAUCCCUGUUAAUCAGAAUCAAGUCUAAAAUGGCUGUCCCUCAGUUACUUCCUUCACCACCUGAAACAAGAAGUUGUCUCCAUUGUCUUCCAAGAACUUAUUGGACACUUUGUGUUUUGUCAUAUUAUUUUUCCAACAGAUGUUGGGGUACCUGAAGUCCCCCAUUACCACCAGGUCUUGUGUUUGGGAUAUUUCUGUUUGUUCUAGAAAUGCCUUAUCCACCUUCUGAUCUGGUACUCUACAGCAGACCCCUCCCAUGGCAUUGCCCCUGUUUUUUACUCCUUUUGUCUUUACCCAGAGACUUUCACCUGGGCUGCCUUUUACUUCCUUCUGGCCCUUGGCACAAGUAUAACACCACCUCCCUAUUUAUCAUGCCUGUCCUUCCUAAACAAGCUAUGACACACUUUACCAUUUUUUCAAUCAUAAGACUUAUCCCACCAAGUCUCCCUGAUGCCAAUUAAAUAACUGACCUUUUGUACUAAAAUGUCCAGUUCUUCCUGCUUUAUUCCCUGUUGUACUCCUGGCAUUUGUAUAUAGACAUCUAAGAUGUUGAGUGGAUUCCCCCACCAUUUUCCCUCUUGUUGCUCCUAUGACCAUAUUUUAAUUUCCAUUUCACCCCCAACAUUCUAGUCUUCUGUUAAGGUCACCUAUUUUUUACACCUACCUUCAGGCUUUUGUCACCUGCCCCCUUUGAACCUAGUUGUAAGCCAUUCUCACUAGGCUGGUGACUGUCCAAAGAUGCUUUCCCCCUUCUUGGACAGGUAAACCCCCUUUUCUUCCCAGCAGUUCUCCCUCCCAGAACAGUACUCCAUGCUUGAGGAAGCCAAAGCCCUCCUGUGACAUUCUACACCUUGGAGUGUACUGAAACCCCCAUAGUCCUCAUUUUCAUAUAAGCGUGAUCUUACAUAUAAAGCAUGCCUUGCAAGGUAUCAGGGGAAAGGUUAUGAUCUGCUGAAAGUCAUUUCUCUAUCCAUAUAUGCAUAUCAUUAAUGCAUAUGAAGUUAUGAGAAUUCUAUUGUAUGGAGGUCACUAAAACAUGCUGUAAGUUAGGGAAUCAGCCAGAUAUUAGCUUCCUAGAGGCAACAGCAAGGAAAGUAACCAAUGUCCAGGCAGGGAUGUCAAAAAACCUAUCAACAGCCAUUGUCCAGCACGGGAGCUACAAUGCAGUGGUGCACCUGCAUGAGGCCACACCAGGGGAAUUGCUUAGCCUUGCUUGGAGAGACUCAGCAAUGCCCCCAGACAUGCCUGGACUUGUGUUCCCCAAGCACAUGGACUGAGGGUAUAAAACAGACAGAGUGAACACAUACUGGUUCCUUCUUCUGCCCCCACCUUCGCUGCAAGCAACUAAGACACUGAGAAGAAGACAAGACUCCAACAGAGGAGAUUGGCCCAGGUUUAAGGAACAAGCCUGUAGAUUAAGGACUGUAAUAUCCAGUGGCAUGAGAAAAACUGCUUAAUCUAGAUUUUGCCCAGUCUAAUAGUGUUGAAAGUUUAGACUGCGUGCUUUUAGUUUAUUUUAGUAACCACUCUGACUUUUUGCCUAUCACUUAAAAUCUGUCUUUGUAGUUAAUAAAGCUAUUUGUUUGUUUUA